CUCAAAUACACAGUCACAACAGCAGGAGUGAUCUCACCUCCUCUCCACCCCUUCCAUCCGCCGCCGCUGUCAGACCUGCAGAAACAGCGUUCUCCGUGCAGCAGCGGUAACACACACACACACACUGAGAAUUUCCACGGUGGAUUUUUCUUUUUUCCCCCGCUCGUCCCCCCCUACACGAGCUGGACCACUACUGAGCGACCGAGCCGAGCCGACCAUGGAAGAACUUACGGCAUUCGUGUCGAAGUCUUUCGAUCAGAAGAGCAAGGAGAGCAGCAAAGAGAGUAUCACGUACAGGGAAGUUUUGGAGAGCGGCUUGACGCGCGCGCGGGAGCUGGGCAGCCCGGAGACGAACCUGCAGGACAUAACGGACACCAACCACUGUCCGGUGCACCUCUACAAGGACCACGUGGAGCUGGAAAAAGAGAAACUCAAGGAUUUUAGCGUUUCCAGGGCGACGGAAGGAAUAUACGAGUGUAAGGAGAAAAAGGAGGACGUGAAAUCCGAAGACGAGGACGCGCAGGGAAAGCUGAAGCAGCGGCGGAGUCGCACUAACUUCACCCUGGAGCAGCUCAACGAGCUGGAGCGCCUCUUCGAUGAGACGCACUACCCGGACGCGUUCAUGAGAGAGGAGCUGAGCCAGAGGCUGGGACUGUCCGAGGCCAGAGUGCAGGUUUGGUUUCAGAACAGAAGAGCAAAAUGUCGAAAACAAGAAAACCAAAUGCACAAAGACAUCUUUCCCUUCUCUCCAGGUGUGAUCCUGGGCAGCGGGAGUCACCUGGACGCGUGCAGAGUAGCACCCUACGUCAACAUGGGCGCCCUCCGAAUGCCCUUCCAACAAGUUCAAGCACAGCUCCAGUUGGAUGGAGUCACCCACUCCCACCCUCACCUGCACCCUCACCUGGCUGCUCAUGCUCCCUACCUGAUGUUCCCUCCCCCUCCUUUUGGACUACCGAUCGCGUCUCUCGCCGACUCGGCCUCUGCAGCAGCAGCAGUGGCGGCGGCAGCCAAAAGCAACAGCAAGAACUCGAGCAUCGCCGACCUGCGACUCAAGGCAGGACUUCUGCGGAGUCAGUGGCUCAGUCCACUCCAGGCACAGAUCACAUCCCAAGGACCGUACAAACACAUGUGGAUGUCUGUCUGAGGGCCGGGGCCCGUCAGGCCAGAGGACGUUAGAACAAAGCAGGCAGCAGCAGGGUCCAGAGCAAAGACUCGCUGAGCCCGGUUUGCCGCUGUCCUGAAGUGCAGAGGGUUGAGUUUGGGGGAACACACCUCACCGAACUAAAGGAACGGCUCUCACCUUCACGCCCGACCCGCGCCCCUCUUUCACUAGCUAAAAGAAGAAAACAGUUAAAAGAAAAAGCAAAGGCCAUAUUUGUCUCCAACCACUGUGUUCCCUGCUGCUGCCAAGUGCAUGAGCUCUGAUGGAGGACCGCUCUGGGACCGGUCUCCAUCCCCACCUGACGUAACUGCUCCACAGCUGUUUUCUAACACUGCCAUUUGACAUGCUCACAACCCCUCAACGCCAAACGUCUCUAUCACAGUCUGAAAUUCUCCCUCUUAUGGACUCGUGCAAAAACAAAGCGACAAUUCCUUUUUUCUUUUUUCUUGGCUGAGGUGGAGAGAGACAUCACUGUCUGUGAACGGCAAGACUUGGUUUGCAUUUCUCCUCGCGGCACGGUCUCUCUAUCUCUGUUUCUGUCUUGUUGUGUUGUAUCCUGGGUAAAGAAGUGAAGAUGGCCUUUGCACUUCAGGUCUUUUAAGUGGGCGUUUACAAACGGCACUACAAGCAGAUACUACUUUACUAAUUCAAAGGGUAUUGGGAGGGGGGUGGGGGGGUUUAAUAUCUUCAUGUGAUCAGCAAAGGGUACGUUGAGGAUCUUUGUUAUUAUUAUUUUUUUUGCUUUUGUAAUUUUGAAAAUAUGAAGAAAGCAUCAGUCAAACUGAAAUGCAAUGGUGUGCAGUUUAAGUGCAAUACUGUAAAUAGCAGAAAAAAGAAAAAAAAACAGCUAGCAUUAAUCCUCGAUGAUAAAAACCCAAUGAAUUCUCUUUUUUUGGUUGUUUUUCAUGCACUGUUGGAGAGUUGCUUUUUGUUUUUUAAUAGUAUUUGUUGGACAAAUCAACCAGGUGCCAUACGUCCCAAAACACAUUUAUACUGAGAAGAGCUUGCAUCAACAGGGAAAGCUGUUGAGGAAAACAUGAGCACACCUUUGGAUGUCAGAGUCUGAAUAAAUCUCAUAACGAACGUCACUAAAUACAAUUUCAUCUAAGGUUUUAGGCAAAAGCAAGAAACAGGAAGAAACUCAAUGCAGCUUUGUUUUGCAUGUAAUAUGUGAUGUUUUAUUAUAUGUCAGAUUAAACGUUUCAAAUUAGUGAGGAAGAAACAACGAGAUAAAAUUUUACCAUUAUUAUUUCAACAUGAAUUCAAGCAGCGCUGUGCUAAAUAGAUCAGUCAGGUCGGUCGUUUUCUCUGUUGACAGAAAACUUUAUAUAUGUCUCCACUUUAAAUUAAACAUAUGGGUGUUUUAUUUAUUAUUUUGUCUGAAAGUUUAUGAGAGAUGAACUACAAGUGUACAUUUUUACCUGGCUUUGCAUUUAUUUUUGUAUGUUUUUAAAAUGUUGGCUUUGGAAUAGGAGGUGUGGCUGUAGUGCAUUGUUUGCCUAAAAAAGGAAAAAAAAUAUUGUAGCGUGUCUGAGUUUACAAAGAUUUCAGGGAUGGUUGAACAAAAACUCUACUCCAUGGAAUUUGUUGUACCCAUGAAAAUGAUUUCCAUUUCAUAUGCAAGCAUGCCUAACAUGACUCAUCGCAUCGUACAAGUUGUUUUAUUUUUUUCCUCCCCCUUUUUGAUUCACAAAAAUAUGAAUGUACAUCUUGUACAAGUACACUAUCAAUAAAGUUAUAAGUAUUUGUAUUUGUGUUUUUACAUGCUUUUUUUUUAAAGCUGUUGGCUUUUAUGGUGGAGAUAAUUUUAACCAGGACAGCCGUAACCAGAUUUUCAGCAACCACCCUCCUGUUCUUGUCCUGCUGAUUCAUUCUUUAAAUAUGUUGCAUGUUCAUCUUUGGGUUUAACGCUGAACUAUCUCAGUACAGAACCAACGUUCAUGUAGAUUUGGUUUGCUCAAACAGUGCCUUGCACCAAUCAGAGACAUUUGCACUGAUGUUAAAGGCCAGAUGAAACUCAAUUCCCACUGUUUACCUAAGAAGUGGUGCUUUAUUGCCACACAAUGAGAGGAAAGACUUUGAGCAAAAUGAGAACAAAAAAUAACAAAUUAUUCAUGUUUCAAUUUCGCUCAAAUGUAUAGAUCAAAUGGUUUUAGGUGUUACAUUUUGGAAUGGUUAUGGACAGUUAAUAUCUUACCUGUUAUAAAUAGCCUUGUGAAUGAAACCUUUUUUUUCUAAUGAAAAAAUGGACUAAGAGCUAGUUCAAACAAGAACGGAACCUAAGUGGAUUGCUGCCACCUUGAAUCUCAAAAACAUUUUAGUAUUUGAUCAAAAUGCUAAAACUUUGUACGUUCAUCAGAUUUGUAAAGCACGACUUAUUUCUCCAGAAACCAUGUGAUAUUUAGUCUGAAAUGGUCCCAGCUUACACCAAGAGCACCAUUUAAUGUAAAAAUGUAUGCAAAACAGUCGUUUUUGAGACUAAAGUUGUUUACAAAUGGCAGCAACCCAUUUUGGGCAUGUCCCUGUCCAAACUAGCUCAUUCAUCUGGUCAAAAUGAACGUCCAUUUCUCCAAACUGAGGUCAUUCAAACAGCUUCUACUACAGGUAAUAUAUUAAUAGCUCACAACACAUCCACAGAACUUCAAGAUUUGAACAAUUAUCAGAUGGUCAGGACUGUUUCAAGGCGACAUGCAUGUAUGCACCAUGUGCAUGCUCCCUCCACUUGUUCCACACACACAUGCAGCAUUCUGCACAUCUAAAAGCAUUUUUCAAGUGCAUUAACUUCCUCUGGGAGCCCGACUCCAGAUGUGUGUGUACAAAGUAAUUACUCCGUGUGCUAUAGAGGCUUAUUGUCUGAAGCCCGUACACAAAAUUAGCCCACAUGGCGACCUGUUGAGUGCUGUACCCCCAAGAAGGUCGCUACACAUUUAAUUUGUACCUCUUUGCUCAUACAUCAAGAUUGAGUGAUAUAGUUGCAGACUGAUGGCUCUGUAUUUACCCGGUGACCCCUCUGGUUGGGGUCUGGUCUGGAUAUAACAGCAUCCUUUUAUGUGUACUAAUAAUUGGUGAGGCAACAUUCAGCCAUCAAUCAGCCCCCAAUGAGCCAUGGGUUUUUUGUCAACAUGUUUGAGCACAUAAACUAUUUGUGUUGGCCACAUUUAACAAAUACACAAUAAUAUAAUAAUAGAGUAAGGGAAGAGGUAGGGUCUGUGUGAGAGGGAGAGUCAGUGUGGGGGCAUUUGGUGGACGGCUGGAGUAAAAAUUAAUCACAAAUCUGGUUUUACCGCUUUUGCUGUUUUAAUGGCUGCAUAUGUGUUGUUCAAAGUUAUAACUCACUUCAUGUUUUGGCUUAAAUUAACACAUUUCCAAGCACUGGUUUUGAUCUCCAGAAACUUAGUGUUGCUGAUCUGAUUUUCUCCUUUUCCUUUCCUUUCUCCGUCUGCUUUGGGAAACCAGGAAUCUGUGUCGCGGUGCUAUGCAGCGCUAGCCUAGCAGAGGUCAAGUGCUCAGGGGUCACGUGAAAAUAGUUUUUAUCACAUUUCAUUCUCAUAAUCCUCUUUGAAAUGUCACACACAACUAUGAUCAGAUGGAAUGUGGGCUGUCGUAGCCUCGGCGUUAAGCUCUUGGUGUGAAACGACAGAGCUCGUAGGCCAGGAAGACGGCAUAAAUUUAGCUCAAAGACAUAGAAACUGAGCUUUGUUUUAAAAAGUAUAUCACAAUAACUUCUAGAACUACUUGACGCGUCUUUAGAAAUAAGAAUCUGCUUGGUUUAACUGGGAGUUUCUGUUCGUGAAACAACUUUAAGGUCCCCGAAUCUCGACUAAAUCCCGUUCUGGUAGUUUGACUCGUAGCUUGAAGUGAAGCCAGAGAAACCUCAGCUGAAAACAAUCGAGCCGAAGUGCUGAAGUCACUCCGGUCGGCCAUGGAUCAAAGGCUUCCUUUCAUCCCAGUUUGUUUGGGCUAGACUUUGUGUGCUAAUGCUCAUAAAUGUAUCUGGAGUCAUCAACAGUGCAAAGCUGCAUUAAAACUAACGCUUUAAGUCUGGGUCAACAUCGUCGUUUUGCAGCCAAAGUGACAAAAAGUUAGAAAAAAGUAAAAGCAGGAACAGAGUGGCAUCAGUUCUCACUGCGUUCAUGUGUUUGUGUUACACUCAUCAUCUGUUUGAUUCCACUUCAACCAUCCAGCCCUUGAGUUAUACAGGAAACCUUUACGUAUCAGUUUAAAUCCAUAAAAGUGAGUUUAUUAUAAUUCAAGCAACUGAUUCAUAAUCUGGUGAUUUUAUUGUGCUUUAUUGUAAUAUUUUUGUGUUUUUUAAAAAUAAAAGACGAUGUAGCUGAAUAUA